GCUACUUCAGGGCUACUGAUAUUUUGAUCAAAGCAGACCUCACCGAAGUCAGAGCCAAGACGUUACCACCAAGCAGUACAAGAGACUCACAAGCAAAGCUGGAGGUGAGACCUGAAGAAAGCUGGGACCAUGCUGACCUCAUGCAAUGCAAUGAAACAGACUCCACUUCUGGAAAUUCCACCACCAAUGCAGAUGAGGAAGAUGAGGGUCCCCAGAUCUGCCGUGUAUGUGGGGACAAGGCCACUGGUUAUCAUUUCAAUGUUAUGACAUGUGAAGGAUGCAAGGGCUUUUUCAGGAGGGCCAUCAAACGCAAUGCCCGGCCCCGGUGCCUCUUCCGGAAGGGCACCUGCGAGAUCACCCGGAAGACUCGGCGGCAGUGCCAGGCCUGCCGCCUCCGCAAGUGCCUGGAAAGCGGCAUGAGGAAGGAAAUGAUCAUGUCAGAUGCAGCUGUGGAGCAGAGGCGGGCCUUGAUCAGGAGGAAGAAACGAGAACAGAUCGGGGCUCAGCCCCCAGGAGCCAAGGGUCUGACUGAAGAGCAGCGGACAAUGAUCAGUGAGCUGAUGAACGCUCAGAUGAAAACCUUUGACACCACCUUCACACAUUUCAAGAAUUUUCGGUUACCAGAGGUGCUUAGCAGUAGCCUCGAGAUUCCAGAGGGUCUGCAGACUCCGUCGAGGGAAGAAGCUGCCAAGUGGAGCAAGCUCAGGGAAGAUCUGUGCUCAGUGAAACUCUCUCUGCAGCUAAGGGGGGAAGAUGGUAGCAUCUGGAACUACAAACCCCCAGCCAACAACAGUGGGAAAGAGAUCUUUUCCCUGCUGCCCCACAUAGCUGACAUGUCAACCUACAUGUUCAAAGGCAUUAUCAACUUUGCCAAAGUCAUCUCCUACUUCAGGGACUUGCCCAUUGAGGACCAGAUCUCUCUGCUGAAGGGGGCCACCUUUGAGCUGUGCCAGCUGAGAUUCAACACGGUGUUCAACGCAGAGACCGGGACCUGGGAGUGUGGUCGGCUGUCCUACAGCUUGGAAGACCCCUCAGGUGGCUUCCAGCAGCUUCUCCUGCAGCCCAUGCUGAAAUUCCACUACAUGCUGAAGAAGCUGCAGCUGCAUAAGGAGGAGUAUGUGCUGAUGCAGGCCAUCUCCCUUUUCUCUCCAGACCGCCCGGGUGUGGUGCAACGCCAAGUGGUGGACCAGCUGCAGGAGCGGUUUGCCAUUACCCUGAAGGCCUACAUCGAGUGCAACCGGCCCCAGCCUGCCCACCGAUUCCUGUUCCUGAAGAUCAUGGCUAUGCUCACUGAGCUCCGCAGCAUCAACGCCCAACACACCCAGCGGCUGCUGCGAAUCCAGGACAUACACCCCUUCGCCACCCCACUCAUGCAGGAGUUAUUCAGCAUCACAGAAAGCUGAACCAGGGCCCUCGGAGUCGCCACUCCUGGUUCUAAACAGAUGGAUGCCACUGACAAUGCCCAAAGGUCCUGCCUCCCCAGGAAACUCAGCCAUGAUGAUGGCUGGCUAGCAGUCUUCAGGAAGGGGCCAUAGGUCCCCUCAGCCCCCAGUUCAAUAUGUGGAAAGCCAAGCCCUAGACCACUACGUGGAGAGUAUACUGGCCCAUAGGUCAGUUCCAGGAGAGGCAAGGCCACCUUCCCCUUAGAAAAAGCCCUGGGUCUGGAGAUUUAGUGUCCUGGUGGAAGAGGGGAAAGGGCACCUGGGGCUGGGCCAUUUGAGGGUCUGUGCCCACAUCCAGGUUCAUUAGCUUCUUGGGUAUUUUCACUGCUAUGCCUAGUACCCCUGUCUCCCACUUGCUCCCCAUUCCCAGCCACAGCCUCCUUCCCUGAGCUGCUCCAUGAACUCCGGGCCUUUUUCCACCAGCAGGUGCAUUAAUGUCUAAGAUAGCCUUCUAGAGAGAGGCCAGAAGGCCCACACCAAAUGUCAAAAGCUUGUCAUUACCUUUCUCCAUGUCUGUCCUUCCUACCUUCUGGGCAUUUCAUUCUGUCUCUGCAUCCAUUAAAACACAUCAUUAAGCACCAACCAUAUGCAACCUGCUGUGCGUAAUAAACGCUGACUCAGACAUGGAUCCUGACCUGCAAGGUCUGUAGUUCAGUAAAGAAAACAAAACAGAAACACGAAUAAUUUGAUCAAAAGGAAAAGUGAUGUAUGACAUAAGGAUCCCAAGAAAUUGAUUUGCGUGGAUGCUGAACUGUGCUAGGCUUCUGCAUGCACCGGGACACAAGUGAGGGAUCCCUAGAACAUGGCUCAUGGGAGGAAGGGUACUAGCUGCUGUGUGCACAUGUGUUCCUUGGUGCAGGUCUGUUCCACAACUGAACUGGGGCUGGGUUGCUUAUGAGGCUGGAAUACUGGGACUACACAGUCCACAGUUAAUAAACAUGUUCCUGUUUACACAUCUAUUUUCAAAGCUAAAGAGUAUGAAAGCAUCUGUUUUGU